AUGGCCAACAAGACCAACUCCUCUGCUCCUUACUAUAGCUAUGAAUACUACCUGGACUACUUGGACCUCAUUCCUGUGGAUGAGAAGAAGCUGAAAGCCAACAAGCAUUUGAUUGCCAUUGUCUUUUGGGUGAGCCUGGCUGCCUUUGUGGUGCUUCUUUUCCUCAUUUUGCUCUAUAUGUCCUGGUCAGGGUCCUCCCACAUAAGGAAUAACCCCCAGCACCACCCAGCAUGCCCAUGGAAUCACUUCCUCAACCUCACCCUCUGCAUCCGGAGGGACCCAAUGCGCCAAAGGGGCCCCCUAGGGGCCUCCCUGGCUCUGAGCUCAGAAGAGGAACCAGGAAGCAGAGAUUCAGACCCUGAUCAGCCACUGCAGCCACAGAGCCCCUUUACCUUAGCCCCUACACCCUCUUAG